AUGUCGCAGGAAAAUAAUCAGAAUCUAAUACCACAGGCAUAUCUAACCAAUUUUUAUAAUAGAAUCAGAAAGGAAGAUGUGCCAAUGUUUAUCACGGUUCAACCCACAAGAGGACAUAAGAGAGCUAAAGUGGUCAAUUAUGCUGAAUAUGACAAUGACCUCUUUGAUGAGGGGAAUAAUAAUAUCCUCGACAUAAAUACAGAUAUGAUGAAUAAUCUCCACGAGAGUCAAUCCGGAGAUCAUUUAAAUGAUAAUGAUAAUAAUACAGAAUUUGAUGGAAGUAGCAAUUUAGAUGGGACACCCAAUGAUGGAACAUAUAAUCUACAGCAGCAGCAGCAGCAGCAGCAACAUCAACAACAUCAACAACAACAUCAACAUCCUAAUGACAGAUUACUUCUUAACGAAUUACCAGAUUUACAAGAACAAGAAGAUCAAUUUUCAGUAUUGAAAUAUCCAAAGAUUAGAGCCACUUUCUUACAGAGUAAAAUAGCCACUCCAUAUAGAAUAUCCAUCCCAACUCAAACUCUACUCCCAUCCUCCUCGGAACAAAAAUCAAUAGGUCCUAUUAUAAUACCAAUCCAUUUAAAUAUAGAACAUGCAGGUCAUGUUAUAAAAGAUUCCUUCACUUGGAACAUCAAUGAUCAUUCAAUAUCUCCUGCGGAAUUUGCAACCAUAUAUUGUAAAGAUUUAGAUUCCCCAUCAAAUUCAUCAUUACAUUCAACAAUUGUUCAAUCCAUAAAUGAUCAAAUUAAUGAAUGGGAAACAAUCGCUGCAACAAAAAUUAUGACUGAUUUGCAUGUAAUAAUCAACUUAACUUGUAAUUUAGAAAAUAAAUUCUUUGAAGAUAAUUUCCAAUGGAAUUUAAAUGAUGAUUCCAUGACUCCUGAAUUAUUUGCAUCCAUCGUAGUGAACGAUUUAGGUUUAACAAGAGAAUUCAUCCCCACAAUUUCAAUAGCAUUACAUGAAUAUAUUUUAAAAAUUAAAAAGGAAUGGUUAGAACAACAGCAACAACAACAAACUACAUCAUCAUCUACACCUAUUGCAUCACAACCAAAUAUGGCAUCUCAAUUACAAUUGCAGAUACAGUUACAAAACGUUCAAAAUUAUGCUGCAUUUGGCCAAUUAUCAGGUAUAAGAUUAGAUAUCAAUAGUGAUUAUGAUUAUACUUCUUCCAUAUCUAAUUUGACUUCCGAUUUAGGUAUAGCGUGGUGUCCACGUUUAGAAGAAUUAUCAACUGAAGAAAUUCAAAGGAGAGAAAUUGAAAAGGAAAGAAACCUAAGAAGAUUGAAAAGAGAAACUGAAAGAAUACAAAGAAGAGGUAGAAGAAGGUUAGACGAAUUAUUAUGA